GGGCUCCUGUUAUUUUCCCUGCCGAGGGGGCUUUUUCUGUCAGAGGCCCUCAGCCAGGAGGAGAGGCCUGUGGCUCUGUGUGUGGGAGACAAUCUGAGGGAGAGGGGAACAAGGGCGGCGGAGGAGCGCACACAGGAUCGGCAAGUCUGGAACCCAGGGGCCUUCACAACGAGGAGAUAUUUAGUGCCUCAGUUUGGGAUUAUUCAGUGAGAAGACACAUUUCUACAGGACUGGGAGCUCGCCUCAGGUGAAGGCGUCAAGAUGGCGGCUAAUGCAGGGGACAAGCUGGUCAUCAUGAAUGAAGAGGAGCUGAAGAGGAAGCAGAGGGAGAAGCUGAAGAAGCUACAGGCCACAGGGGGAAACCCUCGACCAGCAAGAACUCUCUUCCUCUUCAACCUCAAAAAUCCCUUCCGCAAGGCCUGCAUCAGCAUUGUGGAGUGGAAAACCUUUGAGUACAUCAUCUUACUGACCAUCUUUGCAAACUGUAUCGCUUUGGCUGUGUUCCUGCCCAUGCCUGAAGAAGACGGUAAUAACACCAACACAAACUUGGAGAGUUUGGAGUACAUCUUUAUGAUCGUGUUCACGUUAGAGUGCUUUCUGAAGAUAGUGGCGUAUGGGCUUGUGUUCCACGAAGGCGCCUAUUUACGGAACUGUUGGAACAUACUGGACUUUGUCAUCGUCUUCAUGGGUCUCUUCACCUUUGCCUUGGAUACCAUCGAUAAAAUAGCAGGUGUGCCAAUGGAGAAGGGUGGUGGGUUUGACAUGAAGGCAUUGAGAGCCUUCAGAGUGCUGCGACCCUUGCGUCUCGUCUCUGGAGUCCCCAGCCUGCAAGUGGUGAUGAACUCCAUCCUCAAAGCUAUGCUGCCUCUGCUGCACAUCGCCCUGCUGGUGUUUUUACUGGUCACCAUCUAUGCCAUCAUGGGACUGGAGCUCUUCAAGUGCAAAAUGCAUAAAACCUGCUAUUACACCGAAACAAAUAUCUACUCCACAGCAGAAGGAGAGCUGCCUGCACCCUGUGCUCAGGCUGGUAAUGGACGCCGCUGCAUGAUCAACGGCUCUGAGUGUCGGCCAGGCUGGGUGGGUCCCGACAAUGGCAUCACCCACUUUGAUAACAUUGGCUUUGCCAUGCUUACAGUCUACCAGUGUAUCACCAUGGAGGGAUGGACUAAAGUGCUCUACUGGGUUAAUGAUGCCAUGGGAAAUGAAUGGCCGUGGAUCUACUUUGUUCCCCUCAUUCUGCUGGGUUCCUUCUUUGUGCUCAAUCUGGUUCUGGGCGUGCUCAGUGGAGAGUUUACCAAAGAGCGAGAGAAGGCCAGGUCACGUGGAGAGUUCCAGAAGUUGCGAGAGCGUCAGCAGCUGGAUGAAGACGUUCAUGGCUACAUGGAGUGGAUCACUCACGCUGAAGUCCUGGAUGCUGACCGAGAGGGCACAGGACUCCUGCCUUUAACCAGUGACUCUGAUAAAGACAGUCUGUAUGACAUGGAAGGCAAGAGUCGUAUCGUCUACUACUAUCGCCUGGCCCGUCGCUGGAACCGUUUCUUCAGGAUGAAGUGCCUCCUGUAUGUGAAAACCAAGAGCUUUUACUGGAUAGUGAUGUUCCUCGUCCUGCUCAACACCCUGACCAUAGCGACAGAGCACCACCACCAGUCUGACUCGCUCACUUCCCUACAAGAUGUGGCCAGUCGUCUACUACUGGUGCUGUUCGUCAUCGAGAUGUUUGUGAAGAUGUAUGCUCUGGGUCCCAGACCAUAUUUCAUGUCCCUAUUUAACCGCUUUGACUUCUUCGUGGUGCUGUGCGGCAUCCUGGAGAUGAUCAUGCUCUCUGCAGGAGCCGUGGCUCCCCUGGGUUUCUCUGUACUCAGGUGUAUCCGACUGCUGAGGAUCCUUAAAGUCACAAAGUACUGGACCUCUUUGAGUAAUUUUGUGGCCUCACUCCUCAACUCUGUACGCUCCAUCGCCUGCCUGCUCCUUCUUCUCUUCCUCUUCAUCGUCAUUUUCUCACUCCUGGGCAUGCAGGUGUUUGGGGGAAAAUUCAACUUUACCGACCACAGACCCAGACGAAGUAACUUUGACAACUUCCCUCAGGCCCUCAUCAGUGUGUUUCAGAUCCUAACAGGAGAGGACUGGACCUCCAUAAUGUACAAUGGCAUUAUGGCCUAUGGAGGGCCUGUGUUUCCUGGCAUCCUCGUGGCCAUCUACUUUAUCAUCCUCUUUGUCUGUGGAAACUAUAUCCUCCUCAAUGUCUUCUUGGCCAUCGCCGUCGACAACCUGGCAGAGGCUGAGAGUCUGACUUCAGCUCAGAAAGAAAAGGCGGAGGAGAAGUUAAAGAGAAAGCUACUAAGGUCCAAAAUGCCUGAAAAGACUGAUGAGGACAGGGAGAGGAUAGCUAAGAAACUGGCAGAGCAGAGAGCCAAGACGGAGGUCAUGCCCACCACAGCCAAGCUCAAAAUUGACGAGUUUGAGUCCAAUGUCAAUGAAGUGAAAGAUCCAUUCCCACCUGACGACUUCCCAGGUGAUGACGAGGAGGUAGAGCCUGAAAUCCCCAUCAGCCCUCGACCCCGACCAAUGGCCGACCUGCAGCUUAAGGAAGAAGCUGUUCCAUUACCUGAAGCCAGCUCCUUUUUCAUAUUUGGCCCUCAGAACAAGUUCCGUAAACUGUGCUACAAGAUCAUCAACGCCUCUUCCUUCACUAACUUAAUCCUUCUGUUCAUCCUGCUCUCCUCCAUGUCCCUGGCAGCUGAGGACCCCAUCGAUCCCAAUUCCUACAGAAACAUGAUCUUGGCCUACGCUGACAUUGUCUUCACAACUGUGUUUACCAUUGAGAUCGUACUGAAGAUGACAGUAUAUGGAGCAUUUAUGCACGAAGGCUCCUUCUGCCGUAACUCCUUCAACAUCCUGGAUCUGAUUGUGGUUACAGUCUCCCUGCUUUCUAUGGGGAUGGAAUCCAGUGCUAUCUCUGUGGUGAAGAUUCUCAGGGUGCUGAGGGUGCUGAGGCCUCUGAGGGCCAUCAAUAGAGCCAAGGGGUUAAAGCAUGUGGUCCAAUGCGUGUUUGUGGCCAUCAAAACCAUCGGCAACAUCGUCCUUGUCACCAUGCUGCUGAAUUUCAUGUUUGCCUGUAUCGGAGUGCAACUCUUCAAGGGGAAAUUCUACAGCUGCACAGACCCGUUGAAAAUGACAGAGGAGGAAUGCCAGGGAUCCUUCAUAAAGCACAUAGAGAAUUCCCUACAAGACACAGUGGUGGCGAAGAGAGAAUGGCUCAACAGUGACUUCAACUUUGACAAUGUGUUCUGUGGCAUGCUGGCUCUCUUCACUGUUUCCACAUUUGAGGGCUGGCCAAAGCUGUUAUACAGAGCCAUUGAUUCAGAUAAAGAAGACAUGGGUCCUGUCUUCAACAACCGCGUGGAUGUAUCCAUCUUCUUCAUCAUCUACAUCAUCCUCAUCGCCUUCUUCAUGAUGAACAUCUUUGUGGGCUUUGUCAUUGUCACUUUCCAGCAGCAGGGCGAGCAGGAGUACAAGGACUGUGAGCUGGACAAAAACCAGCGCCAGUGUGUGCAGUAUGCACUGAAGGCUCGACCUCUGAGGUGCUACAUCCCCAAAAACCCCAACCAGUACAGAGUCUGGUACAUUGUCACCUCCUGCUACUUUGAAUACCUCAUGUUCUUCCUAAUUAUGCUCAACACCUUGUGUCUGGGGAUGCAGCACUGUAACCAGUCGGACCAUGUGACCAAGCUGUCGGACACUCUGAACUUGAUCUUCACCGUGCUCUUCACUGUGGAGAUGAUUCUCAAGCUCAUGGCCUUCAAAGCGAGGGGCUACUUUGGAGACCCCUGGAACGUCUUUGACUUCGUCAUCGUCAUCGGUAGCGUCGUUGAUGUCAUCCUGAGCGAAGUCGAUACUGCCCUGGCCGCCAGUGGAGGACUGUACUGUCUCCAUGGCUGUGCUGAGACAAAUCCUUUGCAAGCAAUCGCGGCGUCUGAAAAUGCCUCAGUUUCCAUCACGUUCUUCCGACUCUUCCGUGUCAUGCGUCUGGUCAAGUUGCUGAACCGUUCAGAGGGCAUCCGUAACCUGCUGUGGACCUUCAUCAAGUCCUUCCAGGCUAUCCCUCAUGUAGCUUUGCUCAUCGUGAUGCUCUUCUUUAUCUACGCUGUCAUUGGGAUGCAGAUCUUUGGAAAGGUGGCCUUAGUGGAUGGCACCCAUGUCAACCGCAACAACAACUUCCAGACAUUCCCUCAGGCUGUUCUGAUGUUAUUCCGGUGUGCUACUGGAGAGGCUUGGCAGGAGGUCAUGAUGGCUUCAAUGUAUGGAAAGAAGUGUGACGCCAAGUCUGACUUCCUGCCAGGAGAAGAGUUCACCUGCGGGUCCAACUUUGCUGUCUUCUACUUCCUCAGCUUCUACUGUAUCUGUGCCUUCCUGAUCCUCAACUUGUUUGUAGCCGUCAUCAUGGACAACUUCGACUACCUGACCCGUGAUUGGUCUCUUCUUGGUCCACACCAUCUGGACGAGUUUAAGAAGAUCUGGGCUGAAUAUGACCCUGAAGCCACGGGGAGGAUUAAACAUCUGGAUGUGGUGACGCUGCUGCGACGCAUCCAGCCUCCACUGGGCUUUGGCAAGUUCUGUCCUCAUCGUGCUGCAUGCAAGCGCUUGGUUGGCAUGAACAUGCCUCUCAACAGUGAUGGCACCGUCACCUUCAAUGCCACCCUGUUUGCUCUGGUCAGGACGGCACUCAAGAUCAAGACAGAAGGUAACUUUGAGCAGGCCAAUGAGGAGCUAAGAGCCAUUAUAAAAUCAAUCUGGAAACGCACCAGUAUGAAGCUGUUAGACCAGGUCAUCCCCCCUAUGGGAGAUGAUGAGGUGACUGUGGGGAAAUUCUACUCCACCUUCCUGCUCCAGGAUCAUUUCCGUAAGUUCUUGAAGCGCCAGGAGGAGUACUAUGGCUACAGACCCUCUAAAAAGAAUGCCUCAGGCCCAGAGAUCCAGGCGGGCCUGAGGAAUACAGACGAAGAGGUCGCUCCAGAGAUGCACAGAGCCAUUUCAGGAGACCUACUGAAUGAGGAAGAGAUGGACAGAUCAAUGGAGGAGGCUGGAGAAGAAGGAAUCUACCAGCGUACACACGGUCUGUUUGGUAACCGGGUGGACUCCUUCACCGCUGAGCCUGUCAACACUCAGUCCCAGCAGAUGACCAACCAGCGGCCCCUCAAGUUCUCUGACAGCCAGACCGAGUCUCCACCAAAUUCUGCUGCCUUGGUGUCCACUACGGAAUUCUUCCCAAAAAGCAACACUAACAACAACGCCUUCGCAGAAUUUUCAUUUGAUAGAGAAGGCAGUCCCGAAGAGUUUUACGAUCACCGUGAGGAUGCAGAGACAGGCAACCUGGGCUCCUGGAACUACACAGUGAGAACAGACAAAACACAGUUCCCUUAUGAGCUCAACUAUGGUGACAGUCAGAGCCAGAGCUCCUGUACAGCAGCGGACCAGCUCGUCCAGGAGGCUCUAGUACAGGGCGGUCUGUCCUCCCAGGCCAAAGACCCCAGCUUUGUCUCUGUGACUAAGAAGGAGAUGGCUGAUGCCAUGCACACAUCUGUCGAUGACAUGGAAAGCGUAGCUCAGGGCAUCCUCAGCGAACGCGCCGGCAGCGUCACCUCUGGCAAAAAGAGACGUCCCAUCCCUGUGCCUGUCGUGGCAGCACUAGAAACGGGCCAGCCAGAUCCGGCUGUGAGGAGAAAGAGACGUCCAAUCCCAUCGAUUCCCUCCGUAGAGGAGGCCGACUCCGAAGUUUAGAUGACACUUGAGUUUAUGUGCUUAUCUUGUGAUUUUUACACUUGCAGGUGGCUCCACCUCACCUCACUUUACCAAGCGUGUUGCCCCUGUGACAGUCUGCAUCUACUGGCCUGGCUCAAGGCCUAAAGGCACGUUGGCUCAGGUUAUAAUUUAUUGUCAAGUGUGGGAGAAACAAUAUAUCUGAUGAUGGAAUAAAGCUUCUUAAUUUUCAGAUUUAUUGAAAGUAAUAAAAAUACUAACUUA